AUGGCGACCCCAAUCUUAGGUCAAAAUAAAGGCCCAAAUCCCGUCGAAAUAACAGCAGCGCUGGACCCGAAAUUCUGGAGCCUCAAGAACACUGGGACAAACGACAAGUUUCCUCCACAACUCAUCGAGAUCAAAAAGUACGAUUUCACAUUUGAAGUACUUGCAAGUAAACAACAAAGAGAGAAUAGUCAAAUCAAUUCGAAAUCACAAAAAUUCACAAACCUGAUCAACUUCACUCCUCGUGCUUUGCAUCUCUCACCAAAUUGUUUCAAACUCGACUGUAAGAUCAAGAAUCCAAUAUUAUUUCGUCCUUCUUGCGACGUUUUCUUCUUUCAGGAGCUUGCUCACUUGAGGGAGUAUGCUGUAGCAACGAAAGGCAUUGUCACUAAUUAUACUGCGUCGGGCCCGGUGGCAAAUGAGACUUUUCCAAAAAUCGAAAGAGUGGUGGUUGAAUUUGGAGCCCAGACACCAAUAAGUUGUGAUUUUCGCGACAUUUUGGUGGAGCUUCUUCCAAUAAUCAAAGAAGUCGGAACACUGAAGGGAGUCAUAUUGUUGGUGAGACGACAGUCUCUUGAAAGAGGUGAAGUAGGGAUCUUGCGGAUCGAUGAAGACUUAAAAAAGCUUGUUGAUGAAAGCUCUGAUGUAUACUCACCGCCAGUAGGUGUUUUUAUGCCCAGGGUAACUUGUAUGGCAAUGGAAACUUUUGAAUCGACAUUUGGUGGGUAUGGAUUAGAUCAAACGGACGGAUGA